CAAGCACCUUUUUGCCCUCUAAAGAAUCUCAACUUGUUCACAAGUUAAAUUAAUUUCAGAGAGAAAAGCAACAAGUUCCUCAUAACCCGACAUGUCUCUUAAAAGGCAUUCUAAAACUUCAUACACACUUUUUUUAAUUCUUUUAUUGAACUCAAAAAGAUAGGAAAAGAAAUGUUCUUUUCUUUCUUCUUAUGGCGAUACAUACAGUCCUAUAAAGCACGCCUAUUAAAACUCUUCAGUGAAUGCUGAACAGUAAAGUCUUUAUUUUCCACUCCACAAAAUCUUCUUCUACUUAAAGCUGACAGAUUUUCUUCCCUCUCCCAUCCCAACCUUUUUCUUGAUUUCAAAAUUCCUCAAAUCGUUUUUUUUUUUUAUUUUUACUUCUAUAUUUAUACACAGCUUACCAAAGUGAAAAACAAGAGAAAAAUGCUGGACUAUGAUUGGGAAAAUCAGUCCACUUUCAUGUUUCCCAGUGAUGAAACCACCCAACAAACUGACCAAAAUAACAAUCAAUUUUUGCACCCUCAUCAAGCCCAUUUUUCCCCUAUAACAAAUUACCAUCACCACCACCACCAACAACAACAACAAAUCCAACAUCAUCAAUUUCCCCAAUUUCAAGCAACCUUAAACAACACUACUCAUUUCAACUCCCCGUACGGCCCACACGCUUAUAGCAUUCCCUACACGCAAACACACGAAACAUCCAUGCUUUCUUUACAACCAACCGGUUCAACCGGGUUCAUGGUACCGAAGACCGAACCGCAGUAUAUAAGCGGUAUUCAUGAUUUUGCAAGUGCGAGUAGUACUCGGAUUGGGUUGAAUUUGGGCGGGAGAACAUAUUUUGCUUCGUCAUCAGAGGAUGACUUUGUGAACCGGCUUUACCGGCGUACUCGGGCGGUUGAAGCAGGUUCAGUGAACUCACCAAAGUGCCAAGCUGAAGGAUGCAAUGCUGAUCUAACUCAAGCAAAGCACUACCACCGACGACACAAAGUGUGUGAGUUUCACUCCAAAGCUGCCACGGUUAUUGCUGCCGGUUUGACUCAACGCUUCUGCCAACAAUGCAGCAGGUUCCAUGUUCUGUCGGAAUUCGACAACGGUAAAAGAAGUUGCCGGAAACGGUUGGCAGAUCACAACCGGAGGAGGAGGAAGAAUAUUCAGCACGAAAACAAGAAUAGGCAGCCACUACUUGACAACGUUCCAAAGUCUCCAGCUGAAUCAGGAGCACAUUCAUCAACAGUAACAGUGGCCAUAUCACCACCAAGAAUUUCAGUGGAUUGUUUUAGGCAAAGAACACACCACCAAGCUUCAACAACAACUUCAUCAGCAACCUUCUUCUCCAAUGGGUGACCAAAUAUAUUAAUCUAUAUAUAUUUUCGUUUUGAACUACUUAUGAUAAUUUCAAGCUUGCUUUAAUGGCCACAAGAAGCUAGUAUGUUAGUACUACGUACCAUAUGCUAAUUACAUAAAACAGAACAACCCCCCAAAAUGAUGGAGAAUUAGGUUUAUGUUGGCCCUUGCUAGCUAGUGUGCUCCACCUUCUUCAACUUACUACUAGUAUAAAGAAGAAAUUUUUAUCUUAUUAUCAUAUGCAUGUACGUAGACACUGAUUAAUCUUGAAUUGGGAAAGAAUUCAAAAGUUCCCGACACUUCCCCAUCACUCUUUAAUUUGCAUUUUGGCCUAAUAAUGUGUUUCUUUAUUGAUUUGUAGAAUAGUCGAAUAUGAUGGUAAGAGAAAUUAAACUCAAACGUGUUUAGAGAAAAAGUAGUUUCGUUUUUAAGUUGGUGUAAUAAAUUUUCACAUCAUUAUGACAUCUUUAUCUGUUUUGAGUUGUACUUAUUCUUAAAAUUUUAAAUCUCAUA